AUGUAUGAAACCUGCUUAUCUGUUAACUGUACGGUUAAGGAUCUUUGGGAUGGGGUCUCUUGGAAAUGGCCGUUGGAACUGUUAGAUAGGCAUGGUGUUGUUUUGGGUAGCUACAAACCAAGAUUGAUAGCUAAUGUUGCUGAUGUGGUUAAAUGGAAGGAUAGGCAGGGCAGAUUAAAAGACUUUGGAGCUGAUUUGGCCUGGAAUGAAAUUAAACAAUGUAGAAAGGUUGUUGGUUGGGCUGAUUGGGUGUGGUUUCAUCAAAAUACUCUGAGACAUGCUUUUAUCCUAUGGCUGGCUAUUAAAGAGAGGCUGAGGACCAGGGAAAAGUUAGUUAGCUGGAAUAUUGGUGAUGCAAGUGAAUGUGUUUUCUGCAAAAAGCACUUGGAGUCCCAUAAUCAUGUUUUUAUGGAUUGUGAUUUCUCUAAGGAUAUUUGGAAUUCUUUUCUUGCUCUGGUGAAUUUGGAUGGUUUCUUCGUGGAUAUUGUUGACAAGGAUGAUGGAUGGGCCAGAUUUAUCAAGAUUAGUAGUAUUCCUUGUAAAAAGUCAUGCUGGAAUUUGAUAAAGAGAUGGCUUUUUGGGGCUGUGGUGUACUUUAUUUGGCAAGAGAGGAAUUAUAGAAUUUUUCAAGCUAAAGAAAGGAAGGUGGAUGGUAUUUGUUCUCUAAUUAAAGACUAUGUUAGAUUAAAGAUGUUGGGUGCUGACAUAAAGAAAGGAAGAAUGUAUGCUCAAGCUCUGAGGAAAUGGGGCUUUAAAGAGUUGGAUUGUGAGGAUGGUCAGAAAAUUGAAUAA